AUGUCAAAUGUUAAUAAUGAGUUCAACAAUACAACACCAAUAGAGGAUCCUUACUAAUAGCAUUCUAAAAGUUUUGUUUAAUCUAGACAUAAACUUAACUAGUCGGUAGUAAACCCUCAAAGUUAGAGUCUAAACCGAUCAAAUACAGAGCUGAGUCAGAGUGAGGACUAAUAUAGCUGGGAAGGUGUUUUGAGGUUCUUAGAGCAAAGGAGCAAGCAUAUAGCAUCAGGUCCUCAAUAAAUAAAUCCAUCUGCGAUUGUCUUAAAAAAUCAUGACUAGAGCGAGAAAUCACUUUUAUAUGUAACUUAUCAUUGUUGUAAUUAGAAUUUUAAUUAGGACAAACUAUCAAAAUUAGAGGAAACAGCAAUUCCAGAACAAACUCUGUAGUAAGAAGCAACUUCAUUCACCAAACUUCAAACACCAGAAAGCCCUCUACUAUCUCUUGUAAAUCCAAGCAUCAAAGAAAUCAGAGUGAAUAACUAUCUCAAAUUCAGCAAACAAAUUCUUCAUUACAGAUGUUUAAUCAGAAUGAACAAUCAAAAUGAGAACUAGAAGGGAUAUAUCCAGGUUAGCAACACAUCAAUGAUCUAGAUAACUACUCUAACUAUGAAAUAAAAGAUGAUGAGAAUGAAAAUGAAUCCAAUAAUAUGA